GGAAAGCCGGGGUGUCCGGGGCAUGAGCGGGCCGUGGGGGACCGAGGGGCCUCGGUGCCAGGCGGCGCUCGCGGUCCUGGCCUCGCUGUGCCGGGCCCGGCCGCCCCCUCUCGGGCUGGACUUGGAGACUUGUCAGAGCUUCGAGCUGCAGACCCCAGAGCGGAGUCCGAGCGCGGUCAACGCAGGCACCUCUGUCAGCCUCCUCGCAGUGGUAGUUAUUGUGUGUGGUGUGGCCCUGGUGGCAGUUUUUCUUUUUCUUUUUUGGAAGCUGUGUUGGACGCCUUGGAGGAGCAAGGAGGCCUCCAGUCCCUCUUCUGCUAACAUCCUCCCAGAAGCCCUCCAGAGCCCCAGCUCCAGAGGCAACAUGGCCGACAAGCUGAAGGACCCCCAUGCCCUGGGCUUCCUGGAGGCAGCGGUAAAGAUCAGCCAUACGUCCCCAGAUAUUCCAGCCGAGGUGCAGAUGUCAGUCAAAGAACACAUCAUGCGUCACACGCGGCUGCAGAGACAGACCACAGAGCCAGCAUCAUCCACCAGGCACACAUCGUUCAAGCGCCACCUGCCCCGGCAGAUGCACGUGUCCAGCGUGGACUAUGGCAACGAGCUGCCACCGGCCGCGGAGCAGCCCACCAGCAUCGGCCGCAUCAAGCCCGAGCUCUACAAGCAGAAGUCGGUGGAUGGGGAUGAUGCCAAACCCGAGACCUCCAAGAGCUGCGGGAAGAUUAACUUCAGCCUGCGCUACGACUACGAGAGCGAGACCCUGAUCGUGCGGAUCCUGAAGGCCUUCGACCUCCCUGCCAAGGACUUUUGUGGCAGCUCCGACCCUUACGUCAAGAUCUACCUCCUGCCCGACCGCAAAUGCAAGCUGCAGACCCGCGUGCACCGCAAGACCCUGAACCCCACCUUCGAUGAGGACUUCCACUUCCCGGUGCCCUACGAGGAGCUGGCCGACCGCAAGCUGCACCUCAGUGUCUUCGACUUCGACCGCUUCUCGCGCCAUGACAUGAUCGGGGAGGUCAUCCUGGACAACCUCUUUGAGGCCUCCGACCUCUCCCGGGAAACCUCCAUCUGGAAGGACAUCCAGUACGCCACGAGUGAAAGCGUGGACUUGGGAGAGAUCAUGUUCUCCCUCUGCUACCUGCCCACAGCGGGCAGGCUCACCCUCACAGUGAUCAAGUGUCGGAACCUCAAGGCGAUGGACAUCACAGGAUACUCAGAUCCAUACGUCAAAGUGUCCCUGCUGUGUGACGGGCGGAGGCUGAAGAAGAAGAAAACCACCAUAAAGAAGAACACCCUCAAUCCCAUCUACAAUGAGGCCAUCAUCUUUGACAUUCCUCCGGAGAACAUGGACCAAGUCAGCCUGCUCAUCUCAGUUAUGGACUAUGACCGGGUGGGUCACAAUGAGAUCAUAGGAGUCUGCAGUGUGGGGAUCAGCGCCGAUGGCCUGGGCAGAGACCACUGGAAUGAGAUGCUGGCCUACCCGCGGAAGCCCAUCGCCCACUGGCACUCCUUGGUGGAGGUAAAGAAAUCCUUCAAAGAGGGCAACCCUCGGUUGUGAUUGCAUUCACGUGGAUGCUGCAAGCAGAGACUGCCAACCGGAGUUAGGAUGGCACGGCCGAGCUGCCAGUUUCGACAGCGAGAGCUCAAGUCCCUCUCCGAAGCCACCUCCGACACCGUGAGCGGCACACCCGAGCGAUACACAUGGGGCUCAGCACCGUUCUUUUUGCACUUGUUCAACCGUCUCAACAGUGUUGUGCAAUAGCAGCGGCCAGGUGGCAUGUGGCUCACUGCGGUCUUAACUGCUCCUGUGUAGGUCACGGCCGAGACACUUGUCGUGUGGUCAGAUCUGUCUUCGUCUUUUCUGUCUCCCAAGGUGAUUUUUUUUUUUGUGGCUUUCAACAUUUUAUAGAUCGGCUGUCAAAAAAGAAGAAGAAAAAAAAAGUAGGAAAAAAAUGAAAAGUAGACAGCCCAGAAGUUGGUUCAACAAAAUACAAUGGGACAUAGUUGUCUUUUGGGGGGACACGGUUUGAAGUUCUGGAAUUUUGUGUCUCCACCGAGCUCCACUACGCUGGAGAAGAUGGAAGUCGGCUGGAGCUAUGGCUGCUUUCUCGUGGUCUGCAGGAAUGAUGCAGACUAGUCCAAGGGCCUUUCCAAGGCUGAGUAUGAGUCUUGGAAGCUCUUCGCUGAUGUGACGUAAGCUGAGAAACGGGCUCCAGGUCCCACGUUGAAACCACAAAUGCCCUGUGGUGUCUGUGAACCUACUUCAGCGGGUCGUGCAGGGUUCCUCACUCCCCUUCCCCAGUGACUUCCUUCAUGAUUUGAAAAUGUCCUGAUUCCCCAGGAGAACUCAGUCACUUCCUUUGGGAAAGAGUGUGCUGAAACCAAACAUGCCACAUGUUUCCUUGCGCCUCACAGUUCAUGGCUGUAUUUGUUUGGAAAACAGGACCUUUGAUCUCAAAAAUACCCUUUGUUGUAAAGAAAAGGAGUUACCUGUGUCCCAGAAUGAUGUCUGCAUUAUCCAUGGCUUUCCAAUCCCCAGCAAGUAUCAAGUAGCUGUUUAAAAUGCCUACACAGAUCAAAGAAAAACCCAGAUAAAAAAAUGUUUUCUGAAUAGGCAGUUUUGAAAUCCAAGUAAUCGUUGGAGUUCAUGUUUCUAUGAAACCCAGUCAGCUUAAGCCUACAUCAGCCCCUCUUGAUGCUGGGACAAUAUUCAUCUUACACUUUAGUUCUAUAAAUUCCUAAGUACUCCAGUGUUUCUUUGUUUCAGUGGUAAUGAAGGGUUUUGUUUUGUUUUGUUUUCCUUUAGAUUUCUACCUUAGGCCAAAUUCAGUUUAGUAAAAAAAAAUGUUUAAACUAUUCUGUAUUGUAAUAGUGCAUUUUUGUUGAGUUAAUAGUGGCCUUCCCACCAACCCCCUAUAACUAGGUUGAUUUGCGCAUCAGUCUGUAUAGCCCUGGUAAAUGUGUGGAAGUGAGUCUCCACUUCCCUUUGUGACUAGACAAUGCUAAUUUCCAGAGCUGUGUGUGUGACUUACGAGAGGCAAGUCUGCCCAAGAACCCUUUCUCUAGACAGUGGAUGGUCAAGAAUGUAAAAACUAUUCAUACAUACACCCUGUAUCUUAUUCUUUCUAUAUGUCACAUGCUUUAGGAACUGCAACUCAAUAAAGUAACCUUCAUUUUAAGCCAAGUUAUCAGGUUUCUCAUAUAACUUUGAAUAGUAUCUUCUAGACCUAAAGAUGACUAGGUUGGGCAUGAGGUGACAGGAUAUUGUGGCAAAAGAAGUUUUCGGCUUAGAAAAGUAAAUGUAGGUAAACCCAAACUUCACCCUGUACUGAGCCUUAGGCUAGGGGCAGUUGUGCCAUGGGCAUAAAGAUGUUUUCUCCCCAAAUGUCUUGUAGUCAAUAGCUUUCUUAGGCAGUCCUGCAGCUAGAUAGUCUCUUGAGAGCAAGAGAAAAAAAACAAGGUUAUGGCAAGACUCCCAGCAGGCCAUAAACUUCAUUUUUCUUGACUGACCCCACCAAGAUGGCCGUCUCAAUCACUGAGCAGGUGCUGUGGGUCCUGCAUCUAUGAAGGGGACAGUGGAGUUUCCUGGGUUAUAAGGAGCCCAAAAAUUAGUGUGAAGAGGUCCUUCCACAAGUGAGCUCAAAAUUCACGUCCAGCUAUCAUCUUCAAACCCUCAGGCAGGUGAGGAUGACCACUCUCGCUUUUUGGAGAAGGGCAUGUGAUCAAGUGAAUGAAUCAUGGACUAAUUUCUGCUUUCAGACAUUCCUCUUCUAUCCAAGCCCAUCUCUCACCCAAGUGAGCUUUCCAGUGGUUUCAGAAAUUCAUUUCUUGAGCCAAUUAUGGUCAGCCCCACACCACCCUACCUGACUGCCACCACCCUUGCAAUAGUGGUAAGCUGGUAAAUUUCCACGGGCUGGGAGCCCACCCCAGGGAGACUUUCAGGGUCCUCAGGGGAGACUGGUCCUCAGCCUGAAGUGGGAAUGAAACCUGAAUGUCUGCCAACUUCAUUAUCAAGCCCAAUCUCUCUCCCCCACAGAUGAAAAUAAAAUGAAUUACAAGUUUCUGAAUAAAAUGAAACACAUGUUUGAUUCAUGGGUUAGCUUCCUCUGCCACAAGAAAACUCUUGGGUAGCUCUUGCGAGCUUUGCUGAAGUCGCAAUAAUCAGUGCCUUUUGCACAUCGAUUUUUUUUUUUAAAUGCCGAGUUCCCUUCUCCUUUAUUUAUUUAGUAGUGUUUCUGGGCUGAAAGAUGCCCCCCCCACUCCCCACCCCCACCCCCAUACUCAGAAUGUUA